AUGAACGAGCGAAUUAUAAAAGAAAAAUUAAAAGCUUCAGUUAAUCACCUGAACAAGAGGAAGCUAAAGUUUGACUUGAAAAUAUUUCCCAUAAAAAAAACAGUGUACGAAAUUUUUAAUAUUUUUUCGAAAGAUUUAAAAAGAAAGUUGAGCCAAACUUUGAUAGAGUUAAAGAAGAGAAAGAAGAAGUGCGAUGUUUGUUCGGCACGAAUUGAUGUCUUCACUCCGUUUCUCGCUUAUGAGAUUGACGUAAACAACACAACGUUUCUAUUUCGCAGGAUUGAGGCCUACUGCUCCAAAUGCCUUGAAAUAAAAAACUUCACCAAUUUUUCCCGCGAGCUUUACCAAAAUGUAGACGACGGGGAGUUCCUCAAUUUCGCCCCCAUGUACGAGCAUUAUUAUCAAGUGAACAAUUUGGAAAUGCAUCAGAAGAAUAUUCUCCAAAAUGAUAUAAACAACUACUUCUGCGUCUCCGUGCUGGCCAAGAAUUUAAGGUGGACAUGCUCCACGCCGCAUAACACCUUCGAUGAAUUUUUACAGUUCUCACUAAGCAGUAUAGAAGAAGAAGAGGGACCCAGCGUGAAUGAAGAUGUGUCCAAGAAGAGAAAAACGGAGGAGCCAGAAUUGGCUGACAUUUUAAACAACACCAAAAGGAAGAAGGUUCUCAGCAAUUAG